AAAAACAGACGGUCACAAGAAAGCUCAAGAAAGAGUCCAUAUGCAGCAGAGUUGAAAACAGAAAAGGAAAUUGCCGAAUGACCGGACCAACGAGUGCAGGCCCCUCUCUUCCGAGUUGCUAAUAGAUGAUAUUGCACUAAUGGGAGACCAAUGAUGAUGAAUAUAGAAACAAAUGAAGCGGAUUCAGCACCAGGACAGGAGAAGAUUGCUAGCUUCGACCACAAGAUCCUCAAGGCUUCAUCGUCGUCCAGUCCGGCUGCACACUGGUUAAGGUCGAGAGACCCAAGGAUCUUCCGUGUCUCGCGAGCCUUCGGAGGCAAGGACCGGCACAGCAAAGUGUGCACCAUCAAAGGGUUAAGAGACAGGAGGGUGAGGCUCUCAGUCCCCACUGCAAUUCAGCUCUAUGAUCUUCAAGAUAGAUUAGGGCUUAGCCAACCAAGCAAGGUUGUGGACUGGUUGCUUGAUGCUGCUAAGCAUGAGAUUGAUGAGCUCCCUCCUCUCCCACUGAUCCAACCAGGUCACAGUUUAGGUCAUCUAGCCCAUCAAUCAGUCCUAUCAAAAUCUCAUGAAAUUGUUGGAGAUGACUCAUCAGGCAAAGAUGGGUUGGUGAAGUCAUCAAGAUCAGGGACUUGGUCAUGUACUGAUCAUCAUCAUCAGGAAGAAGAUCAAGAACCCAAUGACUGUGGCGCCUCAAAAGUCCCAGGACAAAACUAUUUCUUGUCGAGAACUAGCUCAAGCUUCCACUUGGAGCCUCCAAACAUGUCCCUAUUGGCUAAUUCAGCCACAAUCCAUGGGUUCACCUCCCAAACCGGAGACCUUCAUCAUCAGAAUGUCAAUAACGCCAUUCCAUUUUCUCUACACUCAGGCAGCUCUCAGACAACACCACCAUCUUAUUUUCCUUCGCUCUUUGCGACUUGGGCGGACUCCAAUACCAAUAACGAUCCUCAACCUGUCAAUCGCCACUUUCAAGUUGUGAGCUCAGUUAAUUCACGCAACAUUCAACCAAGUUCUCUCGCGCCACCACCUCUUCUGAUCUCUGCUAGUCAUCCGAGGUUCAUGAGAGCCUCCCUUCUCGAGGGGAGUUGUAGCGAGGAGUGUCUUCACUCACCCAACAGUUUUGGAAGUGACCAGCCAAAUAAAGACCCAUGACCAGAUUUCCCAGGUAAGUUAUUGUCCUUGGUGCAGAAGCAAUUACUUAUAGGAUAUACAGUGGCCACCACGAGAGAGGUGAAGGAAAUUCAUGUAAUAGUUAAGCUCCAGUUUCUAUGGUUUUCUUUACACAGACGUGUUUUUUGAUUGAGUGAUUGGCAAUCCGGUAUUUGAUAGUGUUUUUUUUUUUUUUGAAGUUAUUGUUAUGCCUUAAUGCUGACCAAUCUAAGUGGUCCUUAAUUGUACAGGAGAGAAAUAUAUGUACUUGAUUUCUGGCACACCUAUUCUAUACUUUUAAAUAUGAAUGUCAUUUUGCGGUGCAUCAACUACU